AUGGGCAAAACAAAUAUUGUCAUUACUCCCAAGGAUUUUGCUGAUAUAGUUGACGACGCACAACUUUGGGUUGUUGGUCCUGGUAUAUCAACUAUCUUUAUUGCAAUUGACUCUACAGAACAUGAACGUAUACGAACAACAAGUUUGGGAGAAUACUAUCAUUUAUGUGGUUACAACCUUGCUACGAGAAGACGAAAAGAGCACCAAGAGUGUCUUUAG